CAUUGAUUCUAAAAAAGCAAGCCGAAAAGAAAAGACAGAAGGAAGAACUAAAUAAAAAUAAGGAUGAUAAGAACGAGCAAGCACUCGAAUUGGUGAAGAUGAAGUGUCUAGCAGAAUAUAGUCAGCAAUUGGAGAUAAUCAAUGAGGCAAUAAGCAAGCUGAAGAAGGGGAAAGGGAAAGCAUAUCCUGAGAGUGCACUGAAAAAUCUCAAAAAUGUAUUAGAAAAUCUCUUACAAGUUUCACAAAGUACAGAUCCAUCGUCGUCUAUAGUGGACAAAACCGUAGACAGUCCCAAGCGACGUAAUCCCGAUGGUUGUGUCAAACAAUUGGAAUCGUUAUUCAAGGUCAUGAUUUCGUCCUUUGGCCUUUGCAGAACGAUGAAUAGAGUUGUAGAGCUUUUACUAAACGACGAGCACAACAAGAUACCCGUUAGAGAUCUCCUCAAAGAGUUCCCUACAAAGAAAAUAAACAAACAUCAUCUAAACAUAGCCUUACAAAUAUUAUUGACAGCAAAUAUUAUUGAAGCAGAUGAUACAAGCAUUACUCUUAAACAGUAAAAAAAAAAUCAAUAAAUAGUAAUCAUUGUUCAUUGUGAUCGUCGUCAUCUUCUUCUUCUUCUUCAAGUUCGUAAGCUGCUAUUUCUUGUAAUUGCUCCAAUACAUUCGGAUGUGAUUGUAAUAUAUUGUAUAUUUUCUUUUCCCAUUCAUGGUCUG